CAUGUUCUCGAGGAAGAAGUGCAGAUAUGGAUCACGUAAGCUGCAGUUUCUCUUGCUGUUGCUGAUGCUGGGCUUUUUGCUGCUUAUGGUUACAACACUGAACCCCCCACUCAGCAACCAGAGCAAGGAAGGGAAUUUCCAGCCUGUGGAGUUCAGCCUCCGGGAAGGGAAUCAGAUGGACUUUGCGGAGACUCAAGAGAUGCUGGAGACCCAGGAGGAGAACCAGCAGUAUUACCCUUUGGAUGGGCUAUCACCUUUCAUCUCCCUGCGGGAGGAUGAGUUGAUCGUGGCCGUUGUGUCACCCACCGGCAAAAGGAACCACAGCAAGGCCAGGAGGGGCUAUCGCGUGGUGAAGCAGCAGAACAGGCGGCCGGGGGCGAGGGCAGAGGGCGACCCGGAGUCCCAGCUCCUGCCCCUUCCUCUGCCGGCUGGGGAAUGGGCUGCUGCGGAGGAGCAGCCGCCUGGCCUGGAAACCCACGGCUUUAACGAGGCGCUCAGCGAUCGGAUCCCUCUGCGCAGGGAGCUGCCUGAGGUACGACACCCGUUGUGCCUACAGCAAGAAUAUGACUCCAAUCUGCCUACUGCUAGUGUCAUCAUCUGUUUCCAUGAUGAAGCCUGGUCUGCUCUGCUAAGAACUGUGCACAGCAUUAUGGACACAACCCCAAAGGCCUCCCUCAAGGAUAUCAUCCUAGUCGAUGAUCUCAGCCAGCAAGGGCCCCUGAAGUCAGCACUGAGUGAAUACGUCUCUAAGCUGGACGGUGUGAAACUCAUCCGGAGCAACAAGAGGCUUGGAGUCAUCCGAGGUCGGAUGCUGGGAGCCGCACGGGCGACUGGGGACGUGCUCGUCUUCAUGGAUUCACACUGCGAGUGUCAGAAGGGCUGGCUGGAGCCCCUCCUAGCCAGGCUGGCCAUCAACCGAAACAGUGUCAUCUCCCCUGUCAUAGAUGUCAUAGACUGGAAGACGUUUCAGUACUAUCACUCUGUGGGCCUGCAUCGAGGUGUUUUUGACUGGAAGCUCAAUUUCCAUUGGGAACGAGUGCCAGAGCAUGAAGAGAAGGUACGGCAGUCUCCCAUCAGCCCUAUCAGGAGUCCUGUGGUAGCUGGUGCAGUGGUGGCCAUGGAUCGACAUUACUUCCAAAACAUUGGAGCUUAUGAUUCUGACAUGACCAUCUGGGGAGCAGAAAAUCUGGAGCUAUCUAUAAGGACCUGGCUCUGUGGUGGCUCUGUAGAAGUUAUUCCGUGCUCCCGAGUUGGGCAUGUCUACCGCAGCCACUUCCCUCGUGCUUUCUCCUAUGAGGAGGCCGUUUUGAGGAACAAAAUCCGAAUAGCAGAGACCUGGCUGGGCUCUUUGAAAGAGAACUUCUACAAGCAUGACACAGUGGCCUUCUUAAUCAGCAAGGCAGAGAAGCCAGACUGCAGUGAGAGACUUCAGCUGCAGAAGAGACUGGGCUGUAGGACUUUCCAGUGGUUUAUAUCAAAUGUGUACCCUGAACUCUCCCAACUUGAAGGCACACCAAGAUUCUCUGGCAGGCUUUACAAUACUGGUAUUGGCUUCUGUGCGGAUUACAGACCUGGAGGAGCCAUUGCAGAAGGCUCUAUCAAACUCUCCCCUUGCAGUGACAGCCUCACCCAGCACUUUGAAUAUAACAGCAUGAAGGAAAUCCGGCUUGGUUCUGCUCCACUGUUUUGCUUUGAUGUCAGACAUGGAAAGGUUAUCCCUCAAAACUGUACAAAGGAGACAGACAACAGCCACCAGCACUGGGAUGUCCAGGAGAAUGGAAUGAUUGUCCAUGUCCCUUCUGGCAAAUGCAUAGAGGCAGUGGGGAGUGAAGACGAGAGGGACUUGCUUUUGUGUGUGUGUAACAAGAAUGCAAACCAGCUGUGGCAAUUUGACCGUUCCCAUAUGCUCCGUCAGAGAUGA